AUGGCAUGUGAAUCCUUGCGAGUGGAGCAGGUGGAUGCCAAUUUCUUAGAUCGCGAGUACAAGCAGAUUAUUGAACAGCAACUUACUGAACUCACAAUUGGACUUCCGGUUUCACUCAGUCGAAUUUGUGAUUAUUUUAAACCUGAGUUAAGUCUGCUAAUCGACAGCGUGUUGUGGACUACGCGAGUCUAUAGAGGAGCUUCACCAGGACAAUUGGAAAUGAAUAUUGCGUACAAAGACUAUCCAUUUAGAAAAGAGCCUCACCAGGACAAUUGGAAAUGA